UCGUAAGGUAAAAUCGGGCCAAGUUCCCACCUGCUGUCUUUAGAAGUUAGUGGACUAGGAUAGCGGAACCUUGACGAGUGCCUUGAGGCGGCGCGGGGGAAUGUUGUUGGUGAGACUCAACCCGGAAGUUUAGCCGUGACAGGCGAAGCGGCGGCAGCGGCGAAGUUGAGUUUGCCGUCCUCGAAGGCUUGAGAGGGCGAGGGUUUCCGCGCCGCUGUUUUCACGCGUGCUGGGGCUUCUCUCUCUUUCCCCCCAUCUUCCGCUUUUCUUUAUACAGGCCGGGUCUUUCUUUGCUUGCUCGCCGCCGCCGCCGCCACGAUGUCCUCAGACUUCGAGGGCUACGAGCAGGACUUCUCGGUCCUCACCGCAGAGAUUACGAACCGCAUUGGGAAGGUGCCCAAGUUGUUAGGAGAUGAGAAGAGGCAAAUGGUUUCAACAGUGGAGAAACAGCUGGAAGAAGCAAGAGAGCUGCUGGAACAAAUGGAGCUUGAAGUUCGAGAAAUCCCUCCACAGAGCCGAGGCAUGUACAGCAACAGGAUGAGGAGCUACAAGCAAGAAAUGGACAAACUUGAAGCAGAUUUUAAAAGGUCACGGAUUGCCUACAGUGACGAGGUGCGGAAUGAGCUCCUAGGGGAUGAUGGGAAUUCCUCCGAGAUCCAGUUGAUAAAAUUACGUGAAGAGAGGGCACAUCUGCUCGAUAACACAGAGAGGCUGGAAAGGUCAUCUCGGAGACUAGAGGCUGGAUACCAAAUAGCAGUGGAAACUGAACAGAUUGGUCAGGAAAUACUGGAAAACCUCAGCCAUGACAGAGAGAAGAUUCAACGUGCUCGAGAAAGACUCAGAGAAACAGAUGCAAACCUGGGAAAAAGUUCAAGGAUCCUUACAGGAAUGUUACGAAGGAUCAUCCAGAACCGGAUUUUGAUAGUUAUCUUGGGGAUCAUCGUGGUCUUAGCAGUCAUUAUGGUUAUUUAUUUUUCUGUCAGAGGACACUGAUAUCUUUGUUCUUUGCUAACCAGCAGCAAACUACUUCAGAGUAAUUAAGACAAAGUGGUCACAUGAAUCAUUCUCUUACACUGAAAUAAGUCUGCCUUCCUAAAUCUACAGUUCAACUCUGGAGCAAGUAGCAUAAAUAUUUUGUCUUAUAGGCUGCAUGUCCAUUUGAUAUUUUUCUUGUUUUAGAGAGUGUGUUAUAAUAUGACUCAUAUGGUUUUUCGUUAUUAAUGUAUAAAAUAAACAUACAAAAUUAACAGAUAUAUAAGACUGCAAUGCAAUUUGCAUAUGAAAUUCUAGGCCCUUAUUAAUAUUCAUGAUUGUAAGGAUUUACACACUUGACUUACACCGAAUUAGUAUUUAAAUUUAUAUCAGAAAUUUGAGACUUCUCAUUUGAGGGACUUGGACAAGGAGCACACAAGAUCUCAAAAACAAAAAAGGGGUGUCAUAUUUGUGCUUGAGUAAUUAUCACAGAUAUAACCCAACAAAGCAAAGGAGUUAUUGUAUCUAAUAAACAUAUCACCUUUUAACUGAAUAGCUUAAAUUCCACUGUGAAUCUAUUAUUGUAACAUGAUAACUGUUCUUUUUUAAAAAAUUCUGACACUGUACAUAUUCUCAUCUGCAUCAAGUCCUGGGUUAUCUCUUGCUGUGUUCUCCUAUGACCAUAUUAUUACACUGUUAAUUUUGCUUUGUAUUACUGUGAUUUAAAUGUAUGUGAAGUUCAAAGGAAAAAGAUUGAUUAAUAGAUGUGUAGAGAUUUCCUCCAACUCAUUUCUGAAGUUAAAUUCAAGAUAAUGAAUAAACCCCAAAAUAAAAGGGUUUAAAAUCUGAAGCACUAUGUUACAAUAAAUAUGACAAGGUGAUGUGGUGGCAAUAUUUUGAAUAAAUCAUGCCUAAAAAUAACAUUCAUUUCAUUGAAACAAAAAUUGUUUUAUUUCAUUUUGAAGUCCUUACCCAGAGAUGGCCAGUAAACAGUUGAAUUAACAAUUUUUUCCUCUGUCCAAGGAAAUCAGUCUAUGCUGCUAUUAUAGAUGCUGCUGCUUAUGUCUUACAACAUGUAUAUUACAGCAUCACAAGUCAGGUUCUUGUCAUUCCUCCUACCUUCUUUCCUACUCUCUUCAUACAAUCAAUACUCCCUAGAAUAUAUGCUGUGGCCAGUUCUGGUUCCCUACAUGUGUACCCGUAGGAUUAACUGAAAUCAUGCUUUUCUUUGAACCAGUGCAUUAUCUGUUGAAGUGCUAAGCCCACCCUCAGCAUCCCCUUACACAUUAUUCUCACUCACUCCUCAUCCCACCAGGAUGAACAGCAAGAGAGUUCUAUUCACGUUCCCUUGAAUCUCAGCAUGGCUCUUUGUGGCAUCAGGAACCCUACUUUUUCUGGAUCUUUAAUUGUGUAGAGAGUUCAGUUUGUUUGUUUUUCAAGCAGAAACUAGUAGAUUUCAGAAUUUGCCACUCAACCUAGCAAAGUCAUGGACUGAGAAGGCAUGGACACUUCUUUUAUUUAUUUUAUUUAUUAGAUUUAUAUACCACCCAUCUAGAACACAUCUACUUUGGGCAGUUUGCAUAUAACAUAAAAAUAAACUGAGGUAAAAACCAAAUUAAUCACAAAGUCCAAGAUGGAGACAGUUCCUGAACUGAGUUUAAAUAAAAGGCUUUCUUGGCUACAUCUUUAAGUUACCUUAGACCUCUAAAUAUAUGAGAUAGCUCUCUCUCUCUCAUAUUUUGUUGACCAAGCCCUGUCUGUCUGCUUAUCUGCCUGCCUGCCUGCCUGCCUGCCUGCCUGCCUGCCAUCCAUCCAUCUAUCUGUCCAUCUCUCUCUCUCUCUCUCUCUCUCUCUCUCUCUUUGUCUCCUCCUGCUACACAUGCACAUAUACACAUGUCCACAUAGAACUUGAUUAGAAUAUCUCCACAUGACAGGCCUCAGCUUGGACUCAGUGUGGAAUAAGUCUAUAACGUGAACUCUUUUCUCCACUUCCAUUUCCCCCUUUCUCCUUGUUAUUGCACAUUAGUAGACAUGAAGGUUUCCUUGUAAUCUUAGGGCCUUUGUUGGGCUGUACCGCUGUGAGUGUGCUGUCAAACAUCUAGGUGACCAGGAGUUAUGGGCUGUUUGAUACAUGUGCUUAUGAAUGUUUUGAGAUUCCGAGAAUUCUAGAAACUACAUUUCCCAAAUUUCUGGAAUUCCUGGAUGUUAUCCCACAUGCUUUCAAUAAGCCCUAGUGCAGCACCUGCACUACAAUAAGAAGAGGAAUGGGUCAGGGGCUGGAGUUCCACUGUGGGGGAACAUGGAUCAAAGGCCUCUCAUAUUUCAUUGAAGAGUUGCUCUUAAAUGAAAUCUGUAGAGGCACUUGUUGAAUCUGAUGCCCAUGCCAUUCUGUUUUCCGGCCCUGGGUUGUCACAAAUGUUUGUUUAAUGCCUGCAGCUCUGAAGCCUCAGUGUGGCCACCUCUACUAUAAAAUGAGUAUGUGCAAUAUUCUCUUCUAGCAUCUGUGCACUGAAGAUGUUAAAGAAUGAUUAGAAUUUCAUCAGAAUUCUAUAAAAUUCCCUAAAGAAAGAUUUUCAUACUACUUUUUAAUAUUCAUCAUCGAUUGUUCCUUGCCAAGACUAUGAAGCUACAAAUUUUAAAUCUUUACAAAAUAAAAAAAAACUUUUAAAAAGGUUAUCACCUGAAGGCCAUUAAAAUCUAGAAGCUUUAUCUCACCUAUUAUUUUAAAGAAUAGCAAGUUUCUAUUGGCUUCCAUGAUAUCCCUAUUCAAACACCUCGAAAUGGAAUUUGGUCCUAAACUUGUUUGCUGCCAGGACACAAAGAAGUGAAUGAAAUCUAUGUUGAUGUAGCCAACUCAAAUAACACUUGAGUAGCUUAGUGAAGAAAUGUAAGAUGAGGAGAUUCACAAGAGAAAUGCUAUUUAUUGAAAAAGGGUAGGGCAUGCAUUUCUUCAGAUAAAUCAUUUAAGUUGUGUAAACAGAACCACAGCCUUUACCAUCUUAAUAACAGCGUAUGACUGAGUUAAUGGGAUCUGGGCAAAUGGGAUUGAGGGAGACGCUUGCCAGUGUUAAAAAGUAUGGUAUGUAUCAAAGCAGGUUAGAAGAUGUGCAUUUUCAUAAAUCCUUUGUUCUGUGAGCAACUGUAAAUAUAAAUCUCAAAUAAAAAUAAAUAAAUUAUGUUA